GCUAUUUGGAAGCCAUGUUGUGUAAGCUUCUCUUGUCCAUUUCACUUGUGCGGAGGCAGAGGAACAUAAGCAGGCUGUCGGCACGACAACACUCAACAGCCUGCCCACAUCCUCCACCUUCCUACAGUGACGUCACAUCAACAUCAGUUGCGGGCUGGAAGAACAAUAAUAUGUGCAUCAGCUGACGAAAUGCCACGUCGUGGAUUUUUCAGUUCGGUCGGCGCCUGGAGCCCGAGCUCGUAGAGCGCAAGUGCGCGACGCUGGCAGCCACCACUGGCAGUCGCCGGGUUGUGAAACCCGCAGCUAUGUAUUCUGCAAUCAUUGCACUGUUUUGUUCGAGGCAAAUUUUUAGGAACCAAAAAGGCCGUCACCAUCCCAUGGAUCCAAAUCGCAACUGAGCACUGACUCCAAAGGCCAAACCCUCCUUCGGUGCUCCAUUUCCUCAUUCAUAACACCGUAUUGCAUACUUCUUUUUCUCUGCCAACCCGAACGCCACAAGGCAGCCCCGACGGGCUAGCUCCUACCUGACCUAGCCCGAGUGAAGCUGCGUUGUGACUCUUUGCAAUAACAUAUAACAGGUGAGCACGCUGUACUUUUGGGCCAGCUCCUGCGAGCGGUCGGCACCGCUGUUUCACUUCGGCGGUGCCGUUGCGCAACUGAGUUUACUGUGUAUGGGACGCGACCUGUGUGGGCCUCGAGCCCCUUAUUCGGCACUUGAGGCAAUAUAGUACCACUUAAUGACCUGUUUCCAGCUCGGGGGCUAUUCGCUGCUCACGUUGCGCGCGACGGACCUUCAAAGCGGCGUGACAAUGGCGUCGACGUCGCACAACCCCUUCUACGCGGCCAUGCAGCCACAGGCGCAGCACUGGGGCGCCACGUCCCCCACCAGCACCGGAGCCGGCUAUGACCGGCCAUCGGCUGGCUACCCCGCUUACACCGGCUACGCCGCCGCCGGCACCUCCCACCCAGCUCCCUCCUCCUCCUCGCCCUCCACGGCGCUGGCGCUGUACAACCCCUCCUCGCUGUACGGACUGUACUACAACGAGGCAGUGCACGGCCCCUUCGCCACGGGGCUGCAGUCCAACCCCUUCACACCAGGCCUGGCUCCGCUGAGCACCGUUUCGCGGCCCUCCUACGCGACCGAGGACCCUCUGCGCCAGCGCUACCCCGCCACCUCUGCCAACCCGCACGACCCGCUCAACUGGAUCACUGAGGACCUGUUCGCCAUCCGCAUGGAGCGCGCGGCGAUCAGCCAGCAGCGCACGCCGCUGCGCUCUGCCUCCGUGGCGGCGCGGUAGGUGGCUGGGGCGCGGGGGCCUCGGUGCGCCGCUUCCGCGCGUCGGCCAUUGUGGCGCAAUGGCCAACAGGUGUGGUGAGAGGAGCGGGUUUGCAACAGUGCAAACUGAGUGUGGGUUCGGUCGAGCGGCGCGAUCAAGGAGCGAGCGGCUCAGUAAUCAGGGGCACCUGGCAACUGGAGGCGGGGGCGGAGUCGCGGGCGCCCCUGCGGGCGCCGAGUGUUGUGACCGCGCUGUGACCGCAUAUGACCGCAUGGCCGAUGUGACGAGGGCGGAAACGCUGUCUGCUGUCGCCUGUCCACCGGCCGGAUAGCCUCUGAAGGCCGAGUGUAUGUUGAAGCCUACCAUUUUAUUAAAACUGCUACCACGAUCUUCCUACUCUUUACCUUCAUACCUCCGUCACUGGCACGAACAGCCACAUUGAUUGUAUGUGUUCGAGUGCGACUGCUGAGUAGGGUGGACCUGGGCCCGGUUUUUCCUUCCCACGCCUCCCUCAUCUGUUGGACUGACUGGUGUCCGGCGGGUAUCUGGGAUUGAAAUGUAUGCCACAAUUCGUGGCGGCUUGGGAGCUGGGGCCUGGGGAUAUGCAGGAUGCCGCUGCAGGUUGGUGCUGCAGGAUGGUGCUAUCGGGGGGAGCAGGAUGGCUCUUGCGCGUUCACACGCGUUGCCCGUGUGUUGUUGUUGUUUAUAUGGUGUUGAUGAUGGAGGCUGGACGGCUCGCGUCUGCCGGUUGGGCGUACGGAAAGACGGCAUCAGUGGAGUGGAUUGAUCCGUAUGUCGAGCCAGCUGUUUGUUACUGAGCAACUGGUGUGCGUAUGCCAAAGGCGGACAGCGAGGGCUAGCCGCCGCAGCCCGCAUGGCCUGCGGGAUAGCCGACAUUCCUUUCCUAAGUUCUAGAAUGGUCGCGGUAUGUAUCUUUGGCGCACGUGCAGGCGAUUCGGCGUUUGAGUGCAGAGAAACGCAUGUCAUCAGAAGCAAGCAGAGGUGCGGGGAGUAGCCUGGUACACCCGUCAGUUAGUGGCUGGUGAUGCCGCACAGAGCCUCGGCAGGUGUUAGCCGGAUGCUGGCGCAUUGUAGGUCUGAAUCCGAACCCGCCCAAGCUACCUUACAUUGUAAAGUACGAAUCGA